GGGAGGAGUUUUGAACGAUGGUUAAAGGCGGGUCAGAGUCGUUCUGCUAUCAUCCCGUGGUGAUCCAAGCUGGAAAGUGUGGUUGGCUGUUGUGGAGCUAGAACCUGAAAUUAGAAUAAUACAAUGGCUGAUCAACUGACAGAAGAGCAGAUUGCUGAAUUCAAAGAGGCUUUCUCGCUAUUUGACAAGGAUGGGGAUGGAACCAUCACCACUAAAGAGCUGGGCACGGUCAUGCGGUCCCUGGGCCAGAACCCCACCGAGGCCGAGCUGCAGGACAUGAUCAACGAGGUGGACGCUGACGGAAAUGGGACAAUAGACUUCCCCGAGUUCCUGACCAUGAUGGCGAGGAAAAUGAAGGACACAGACAGCGAGGAGGAGAUCAGAGAAGCAUUCCGCGUCUUUGACAAGGAUGGAAACGGGUACAUCAGUGCUGCUGAGCUGCGUCACGUUAUGACAAACCUGGGGGAGAAGCUGACGGACGAGGAGGUCGAUGAAAUGAUCAGGGAAGCAGACAUUGACGGAGAUGGUCAGGUCAACUACGAAGAGUUUGUACAAAUGAUGACGGCGAAGUGAAGGCCUUGUACAGGAUUUUUUUUUUUUUUUUCUUGUAUAAAAUUAUUUGCCUUUUCUUUGUUUGUAAUUUAUCUGUAAAAUGUUUAUUCUCCCCUCUACCCAUCCACCCCCCUGUUGUCCAAAGGAACUGCAUGUGUAAUACUUAGGAUUCAAGUCCUCAUGUCCCUUUAUUUUGCUGUCAUCUGGGUUUUUUUUGUUUGUUUUUUUUUCUUUUCUUUUCCUUGAAAUGUUGGUCAUGUGAGCAGGUGGUGGGCAUGGCACUGAAGCCAUCACGGGUUGUACAAACCUUUCUGCCAUAUCAGCCCCAGCUGCCCAAGGUGACACCGGGGCCACCUGACAAGUUGGACAACUUGGCAUGUUGGUGGUUUUUUUUUUUUUAAAUUGAUUUUUUUUUUUUGUGGAGGAGUUACUCUGCAUGGACUAUGGACAAAGGUAUAUAUGGAAAUUCUCAGCAUUGCACUAUAGCAACAAAAAAUCUAAACAGAAAAAUACAAACGGGCGUAUCCACCAGGUACUCGUACACUGACUCUUUUUGUAUCUGCUGUUCUAUACCAGAUAACUUUUUUGUUUGAUUCUUACUAUGCUUUUUAACGUUUUAGUCACAUUUCUUUUCCUUUUUUUAACUGCUUUUGGCACAGACAUGCCUCAAAAAAUCCAUUCCAAGUUGUAUAUUUUUGUUUUCCAAUAAAAUUUACAAUUUACCCAAACAUAA